AAAAAAAAAAUAAUUUGCUAAUGAAAACUAAAAUAUUUUGCAAUUAAAAAAAGUGAUGUUCAUAUUGGUAUAAUAACAAGACAAUUAAGUUUUUUAUCAGGAUCAUUUAACAGUUAUGUAAAUUGAAAUGUCUCGUAAAAAGUCAGGGUAGCUCAUGAAAAAUGGGAAUAAUCUCUUUAUAAAUUAAUAGACACCUCGGGAUAGGAGGCUUUAGAUAUGCAUUGAUACUCGAGCGUUAAAGACGGUAUUCUUGGAGCAAAAGUGUGGGUGGAAUAAAGUGGGAGUACAACCAAUAGAAAUCUAGGAUUUUAUCAGCCAAUCGCUAGAUGGUCUAGAAGGUCUGACUAAACAAAGCUCCACCUACUGUGUGACGUCAUGGCCGACUGAAAGAGCACCGAGUUUCUCCACUACUCUGGUCUGACUAGAUCUCAUUCGGUUGGUGUAUCUACUGUGGGCCGCGCACAGUCCUCAGGUUCGUGGGCCAAACUCUUACCCUCCCACUAUUGCUCGUGCGAAAUUCAUUUCCUUCCCUUGCCUUCUCUGGCCUCCUGCAUUAACUCUCUUUCACUUCCUCAUUUUAACUGCACUCUCUCAAGCUUCUCUUUUCAGCGUGCACUGACAUAGUCCUCUUAGAUGGUGCGAAACCAUUCUCAGUGACCGGCCAACUAUAAUCGGACCAUCUCGUCGAUUUGUAGCUUUUUUCAUUCAACACGAGCUACUUCAUCAAUGUGAACUUUAUCGAGUAACAAUUGAUCGUAGAUAAACUUAGUGGUGAUCAACGAUGAUCUUAAGUGUGCUACUGAAGGAUUUGUGGGGUUGAUGAUCUUUGAAAAUGUUGUCGAACAGUGAAAACUAUCAUUUGUUAUUCACCAUGUGCUAAUUAGUGGAUUAACAAUCAUUAACUUUAUGCUGAUGUGAUAAUAAAUUGGGUUGUUGAUUUAACAGUAUUCGAGUUCUCAAAACAUCAUUGACAAACCAUAUCUACAAUCAACAUCAGUGUUUAGUGAUCUUUAAAUGCCAUUUUAUUUAUUUAAAGUGUAAUAAAUAUGUAUAUGAUGAUGGUUGCUGAUGAUCUACAAUCAGUACUGAGUUAAAAGAACUAUUACUUGGAUUGUAUAAAUUUUUUUUUUUGAACACUUGAUAGAAAGACUUCCAAAUUGGGUAAUUUAAAAAAUAAUAAAAACGCCACAAAUAAAAGAGAACGGUUGUUUAGAGGCCGCCGGUGAGGGUGGCGGAGGUAGAAUAGUAACCGGAAGUGGAAAAAAUUGUCGUGAAGAAACGCUACCAUAUGUCCCUACUGCAACAGCGGUAGAGGCUGUGGUAGCGCAAGAAGUUCCAAUAGUGGUUGACGAGGUCAAAAUGGAAGCCGAGGACCAUCUUGCAAGAGAGUACGUCCAAGAAUUCGUCUUAGAUCAUCUUGAUCCCGCCGACGUCAAGCGCGAGGUUCGAUUAGGUUCUCCAGCGAUGAUGGUAAACGGUAAUCUCGUUAGCCAGAUGACAGGCUUGACUCUGGCACCUUUAACACCACCUGCUCAUGAACUGGAACAGCCUCAUCCACUUUAUGGUCAGCCACAUAUUCAAGUUCAGCAUGGAGUUCUUGUAAAAGCUCCCCCAGGUGCAACUCACUUAACGACUUUAACUCAUCCUGGUACUCCACCUGAUACUCCACCAGUCUCAGCAUCUCCACCUCCUCUACAGCUUCAUCGCAAUGAUCGAGAAUUGAGAGAGAAAAGUGGAUUUCUUCUGCAUCUGCAACAGCAACAGCAGCAACAACAUCUAGCUCAAGAAGAAAUGCAAAUGAGCACAGGUGGAAUGGGUUGGUUAACUCAGUCUCUGAGACAAGAACCUCUUGAUUUGAGGCCACAUUGUCCUCAAGAACAAACCCCAGAACCACCACCUGAAUCGUGGUCUUCUUCUCAUCAUCAUUUUCAAGAACUUCAGCAUCUUCCUAGGCAUAUCAGACACGGAGGUCCAUACAUAACAAUGUCUGAUUGUUAUGGUCCUGGAUCGGGUGGUCCCACAAAUGGAAUCCUUCCACCAUCAAAUGGAGUUCUCAAUGGAAUGGACGACAGUGUCCACACCAUGUCAAUGCAACCUGGAAGACCAUUAAGCGUGUGUUCUGCUACAUCAUGUGGUCCAGGUGGACCCAGUCCUGUACAUAGAUCAGGAAGUAAUCACUAUCUAAACUGCAACAGUAGCAGCUCUCAGGAUGACCUGAUGAAUGAUGAAGUCUUGAUGUCCCUCUCCGUCCGGGAACUUAAUAAACGACUCCAUGGCUGUCCCAGGGAGGAGGUGAGUAAGAUUGUGCGGUUGAAGCAGAAGCGACGGACCUUGAAAAAUCGUGGGUAUGCACAAAAUUGCCGAAGUAAGCGUCUUCAACAACGUCAUGACCUAGAGACAACCAAUAGUACUCUAAAGGUUGAGCUUCAAGAAAUAAAAAUAAAGAAUGCUCAAUUGACCCAAGAAAGAGACAUGUAUAGACAACGUUAUGAAAUUUUAAAAGCAAGGUGUAACCAAAAUCACAGCAAUCAUAAUCACAAUCAUCAUCAAUCUCCUCAGCAACAGCAGCAGAAUCAAUCACAAAUAUCAAACCAUCAGCAGCCGCAUCAGGGACCAGGACAGCAUCAUCAUCAACCAGCACCAGCAAGUCCUGAAGUUUAUCUGUGACAUCGGCAGCGUCGUGUAGCCUGUUGGACUUAGGGUAAUAAUAAAAGAGUAUUGGUCUAAACCAGAGCAAUUUUAAAAUAAAAAAGUAUCAGCAAAGUGCAAGAUAAAUAAUUAAAAAGUCUUUCUUAAUUGCAAUUAUUUCGUUUUCUUUUUUUUUUUUUUAAUUUUUUAAUUUUAUUGUGAAUAAGUGCAAUAGAAAGGUGCAGGAGAAUUUUAAGUUUUUCUACAGUAGAUCUAGAGGUAGUUACUGGUGGCAAUUACUCAAAAGAUCAAUCAUAAGGGGGGUGAGUAAACGCUUUGACCGGUCUAAGAAUAUAUUUGUGAAAUCACGUAGUACGUGGUUGGAGAAUCAUAAAAAUAAUUAUAAAAAAUGUGUAACAAAGGCAAUCAUCAGAUUUCAUUUAUCAUAAUCGUAAUAAAAGAUAUCAUAAUGUCUGAUUGUCUCAAAAAAAUUUUUUAUUGCACAAGUAAUAGAAAGCUUAUUAUUUUUCACUAAUUUUGAUUUAUUAUUAAAAA